UUCGGCAAAACUUUCAGUCCGCGAUUAGGUGCGACACAAAACGGUUGCUUUUAAAAUUGCCUCCAGUGCGGCGCAUAGCUACUCUACUCUAGCUUUACUAAAGCAAACCAAACCCUACAUUGUUCCUCAUUGCAUUUGAACUUAAGUACCUAUACCUAACCUAUGUACAUCCAAUUUCAUAUCAUCACCGAGACAAGAUAGGUACGAGUAAUUCUAUCUGCUGUUCAAAACAUAAAGUAUCUAAAUCUAAAUUGAACGCGACACUGACGAGAGAGGCCAAUAAUUUCACUCUGUUGUCUAUUCACGGGGAAUCUUUCCUUUGCGGAUUUCGGUUUUAAUGUAAAACGGAUGUAAGAAUUUGAAUUGAAUAUCGAAUAGUUUGGAUUCCGAUCGAUUUAAUUUUUGAGCGUUUGUCUUUCUGUCUAUUGUGAACCUGUCCACGCAGCGUCUCGUUCGUCUUCGCAGGACUGUCCAUGGAAAAGUGAUCGUGGCUCUGGCCGAUCAAGAAAAUUAGUUUUUUAAUUUCCGAUCGGAAUUUCCAAUAGAACGCGAUAAAGGAGCGGAAUUUAAGUGAUGAUCGUUUGAAGACAGGAUCCUAGAUUGAAUUAACGAAAUCAAGUUACGAUCAUUUCCCCGAGAACCUAAAUUAACCUGAGUGAAUGAAAACUUAAACUUAUUGUUAUAAAUUCGAGAUCGAAAGUGAAUUUAAGUAAAUUUGUUUUUAUUUCGCUUUUUAAAUUCGCUAAGAUUGGAAUAUCGAAUAACUUCGAGUAGGAAUUAAUUGAACAUCACUGAACACACUUGUUGCAUUUAACGAUAUAUUUUCAAAUUUUGAAAUAUGGAGAAGAAGACAAUGGACAAAAAGCCAUUGCAAUGGCAAAAAAUGAAUUGGAAGGAAAAAUUAAGUCAUAUAUGGAACAACAUUACAGUGGAACCAAUGUUGGCUUGUUACAUUAUGCCAAGUGUUUUAGCUGGUUUAGCAACACAAAAUCUUAAUUUAGAAAAAGCCUGUAGAGUAAAUAUGGCAUAUGGAGAUGAAGUUUGUGAUGCUUUAACUCGGCGAGAAACUCAAAAUUACACAAUCGAAGAAGCAACCGUCCAACAACUAGUGGCCAAAAUGGCUGCAUGGAAAACGGUGAUACAAAGUCUGCUACCAUGCCUGCUAAUAUUGUUUUGGGGCUCGUGGAGCGACCGCCAUGGCAGACGAAAACCAUGUAUGCUGAUACCUGUAAUUGGUGAAUUUAUGGGUGCCAUUGGUCUUAUUUUGUGCACAUAUUUCGAGAACGUUCCCAUGGAAGUGGCUGGCAUUACUGAAGCCCUCUUUCCGGGUCUCACAGGUGGUUGGUUUACAAUGAUGAUGGGCGUCUUUAGUUACAUAGCUGAUAUAACAACCGAAGAAGAACGAACCUUGAGAAUAGGCAUAUUGAAUGUAUGCUUUUCGUUAGGUGUACCUUUUGGAAUGGCAUUUAGUGGAAUUUUACUGAAGAAAAUCGGAUUCUAUGGCGUCUUUACUACAUCAGCUACAUUAUAUCUGCUUUCGUUCCUUUAUGGAUGCUUCAUAUUAAAAGAACCAAAACGAAAGACCAAGGACGAAUUGCAGAAAACAACACAAAGCAAUAUACUUACGGACUUCUUUGAUAAGAAACAUGUUGUCGAGACAUUUCGAGUUGCUUUCAAAAAAGGCGAAAAUCAACGUCGUCUUCGCGUUAUCAUGUUGAUGAUUGUUGUUAUGGUUGUCAUUGGUCCAAUGCAUGGUGAAAUGUCAGUUCUAUAUCUGUUCGCCAGGUUCCGUUUCAACUGGAGCGAGGUUGAAUUCAGCUUAUUCUCCACAUACGCCAUGUUAACUGGUCUUGUAGGAGUUCUAUUCUGUGUUGGAGUCCUCUCGCAUUUACUCAAAGUUGACGAUGCUUUGGUCGGUGUUCUGUCCAGUAUGUCAAAGAUCCUCUCCAGCAUUGUUUAUGCAUUUGCAGUCCAACCAUGGCACAUGUACGUCGCAUCCGUUGUGGAAAUAUUUAAUGGGACGUCUUUUAUUGCGAUGCGUUCCAUUGCCACCAAAUUGGUCAACAAGGAUGAACUGGGCAAAGUGAAUUCGUUGUUCGGUGUGGCGGAGGCACUUAUGCCGCUUGUCUAUGGGCCAAUGUACACAACUUUGUAUGCUGCCACAUUGAAGACGAUGCCCGGGGCAUUUUUCCUGCUUGGAGGAGCAUUAACAACGCCGGCUGUAAUAAUUUUCUUCUGGAUGUACAAUGUCAAUCGACGAGACCGGCUACGGAACUCGAUUAAAGAAGAGAAAAAUGAAAAAUCUAUUCAAGACCUUACAGCCAAACAUACAAAUGGAAGUCUUGUGGGGGCAAAUGCUGCCAUUACCCUUGGUGUGAAAGAUGAAUCUGCAAAAAUGAAUGGCCUUUCUCUUAUGGGAGCUGGAAAAUUCACAAAAUUGCCUCAGGAUGGAAAUGAUACCAAGAAGACUGACCCUCUGCGCGAUAAUGAUCAAAAACCAUCUUCUCAAAAUGGAGGUAUUGAUAAUAAGGCAUUCGAAUCUGAUACUACCACAACUCCAACCAGUGACGGAACACGCUCCGGCGGCGCCGACGACGAAAAGGCAACACCGAAGAAGGACAAUUCUGAAGAUGACAACUCAGGCUCAGAGUGUAAGAUUCUUCAGGAGACUAUAGCUAUUGUUAAGGAAUUGCCAACAUUGAACGUUGAACAUUGCAAGCUGUGAUACAAUUUUAAUUAAUUAAAGAAAAUAAUUAUUAGCACUGUUUUAAUCAAAUUAUUUUAAUUUUACUUUUUUGCGAUUAUUUGUAAUUAUUUUUGUUUUUUAUUUUAUUGUCAUUCCUAGGUUUUUAUUUUUAUUUUGUUGUAUACAAUUUAUAAUUUUUUUUCUUUAAUGUUUUGCCUUAUUUUGUAAAAUAUUUGAAUGCAUUGUAUUUUUUUAGGUUUAAGAUAUUGAGUAUUAAAUAUAAAUACAAAAAAUUA